CCAAUUUACCAAAAAGCAGCCAACACAAGGUAGAUGAAGUAUGCUGGGUGCUUAUUUAUGAUUGGCUGUAUUCUUUUUUUUAUUGUGGACUCAUGCACAUGAGACUGGAAGUGAAGUGGUGGCUGCGUCCCGCUCUCUCCUCCACUCAUUACUUCCCUCCCUCCAUUUCUCCCUCCCUCCCUCCCUCCCUCCCUCCCUCGCAUUUUGUAUUUGUGCCCUGCUUUGUUUCACUUGAGAUUCCAGAAUGCAGCUGUAAGGGAAGCGGCUUGAGACACUUGAGGGGAACAAGAGCACACGGAGAAGAAGCCUUCAGUUCAGCCGCUCCUCGUCUGCACAAGCUUGUCAUGCCACGAAAGAGUCCACAAGAAGUUCCUGUCCACAUGUGGAUGGCACUGCUUUCCCUUGUGAUGGUGCAGCUCUGCAUUGCCAUGGUGACAGACCCAAGCAGAACUGCUCACUCCAAAAUGGACUUGGGUGAUCUGGAUGACGACAAUGAAUACAAGCCUACAGAAGCUAAUGUUGAGAGGAGGGGAGAAGAAGGUGAGGAAAAAGAAGGAGGAGGAAGAUUCACAGAGUCAACCUCUCCCCCCUUAAAAUGUCAGCGUUGUUGCGACUCUGGUGAGCAGCUGCCACCUCCGCCCCAUCCAUAUCCCUACCCUGCCUACCAGGUGGUGCCCCAGAUCAACAUUACCAUCCUUAAAGGUGAAAAAGGGACCAGAGGGGAACGAGGUCAUUAUGGCAAAGCGGGGAAGUCUGGGGGUUUAGGUCCUAGGGGUGCAGCUGGAAUGAAAGGCAACAAGGGCAGCAUUGGAAUACCAGGAGAACCCUGCAAGACCUACUACUCUGCCUUCUCUGUGGGGAGGAAGAAGGCACUUCACAGCAAUGAGUACUACCAGGUGGUGGUCUUUGACACCGAGUUUGUGAACCUUUACAAGCACUUCAACAUGUUCACGGGCAAGUUCUACUGCUACAUCCCUGGAGUGUACUUCUUCAGCCUGAAUGCGCACACGUGGAACCAGAAGGAAACCUACUUGCAUCUUAUGAGGAACGAGCAGGAGGUGGUCAUCCUGUAUGCACAGCCCAGUGACCGCAGCAUCAUGCAGAGUCAGAGCCUCAUGCUGGAGCUGGAAGAGAAAGACGAGGUUUGGGUGCGGCUCUUCAAAGGGGAGCGGGAGAACGCCAUCUUCAGUGACGACUUUGACACUUACAUCACUUUCAGUGGCUACCUGAUCAAAGCCAAGACUGAGGUGUAGCUGGAAUAUAUGCUCAAGGCAUCUUGCCAUUUUCCUGACCACGUGCAGCUGCAAGCAGUGCACCGCACU